UCCUUGCACGUCCCCCUGUGUUCGCCGCUUCAAUGGCAGAACCUGCUGUAUCCCCCAGGAAGGAGAAACUAUGCCUCUUGAGUCGCUUUGCACCAUCUCCCUCCUUAGCAGAACUUCGGAUGAGGGAGAAGAGGUUUGUCCUGGACUGUGUGGCUGUAGAAAGUGUUUCGAAGGAUUACAGUGUCUCCUUACCGAAGCUGGGGUCCGUCAUACCCCCUUACAAUGCCCAAAAGGACCGCCAUGUGCGCAAUUAUUUCCACAGUAGACCUGUGCCGCCACUACUGAGGAGCACAGGGCAGGCAUCUGGAGGGACAUCAACACUCGGUCCUCUCGCUGACCGUUUCCAGCACAAUGGCGCAGCUUCACUUUAUCUACUAACCAGAAAUAACUCCGGAUCAGGUCAUUCUGCAGAGCACAUUAGGGGCCAUGGCUUGUUUCUAUCUUCUAUCAAGCCGGUGAUUGGUUACAAUGGAUUCUAUGGCUACAGACGAACCACCCCAUCGCUCCGAAGAAUGCCCUCCCCAUUCGGAAUUGUUACUAAGUCAGCAAUUUACUAAUAUAUUUACUUAUAUUAAACUUAUUAUAGUGAUCCACACCCUGCUAUACAGAGUGAAGGUUUUACAGAUGGCUCUAAUAUUACAAUAUUGAUUCUGUGUAAGAAAAGUAAAAAGCAUCAUAAACAUUUCUGCUCGCAGUGCAUUGUGGGAUGAGCCAAAGGGGUAUUUGUGAUUUUUCAUGACACUGAGAACAUAAGAUUUCAUGACUCAUAAUAAAAUUCACAUAUAAAGUCACUUCUGUUAAUCUUUUGUUGUAAUUCUUUGGAUGUGAUGAUAUUCUUUUACUGAUCUUUAUUGUCUUAUUUGUUACUUUAUAAAAAAUAUGUCAUUUUGUGGGUGCAAAAAUCUCAUACAAUGAAACCAUCUUGUCUCAUAAUACCUUUUUUUUUUUUUUAAACUACAUAGUCUGAGCCAUCCGUAUUUUGGGAAAUAUUUGCAGUUAUUGAAUAUAAGGCCUGGGAUGGAUUUGAAAAGAGGAGAAGCCUCAGUCUUUACUUUAUGUGUCCUCCGUGUAUGAUCCUUUCCCGGCUUUGUAUUCAAUAAUAACAAUUAAAAACCUGAAUGUGUGAACAUAACACUAAGUGGCAUGAAGCAUUGACAAGUAAGAAACCGUGUUGAGCAAUUAAGUUACUAAAUCUAUUCAAAUCUAUUCUUGACUGUAUAAAAUUAUUGCAAUUAAAAACCUGAACAGGUGAACUGAACGUGUGAACACAGCCUAAGGUACUUGUGCUAUUAAUGGAAACGUGAGCCCAAUAAUGUCACUAUGAAGAAGAUUGAUGGAGAAGGGGAUUCUGAAAAGCGAUUACUAGAUAUUGGCCAUAUGUAUAGGGCUACAGGUACAUAAACAUCAUUUUUUCUGCUAAUUUAACCCGUUCAGGAUGCAGGGCAUACUGGCCUUGUGUCCUGGUACUUAAGG